GUGAUCGCUUUCCACUUGAGAACUCAACAUAUCUUCUCAGGUCAGAGUUUCUUUCUCAACAGGAGUCAUGGUUCCAUCUUCCGUCAUUCUUUUCUUCUCUUCUCUUUUUAUUCGUAUCAUUUGAUAAUUGAUACUUCUAAUUUUUAUUAUCUGAGCGGUCUGCUGAAUUGAUUGUGAUGGAAAAAGGUUGAACUUGAAAUGAAAUUUUACGGAAAGCAACAUAAAAAAUUAACUAAAUUUGGUUUUGACUGUUCAGUACCAUGUUUUGUGAUUUUUGACUGAACUGAAACUGAAUGAAAGCAAUGAAAGACGCUAUGUGUGACGUCAUCGUCGUCUCUUCCCCGCUCCCUUCACCAUCGCUAGAAUAGAAUCACUGAUACUCUUAUCAUCAUCAACAAAAAUUUUUACAAAAAUAAGUUUCUAGUUUCUGAGCAGACUCUAUUUGAUUUUGAGAUCGAAGCAAAUUUCGAACAGUGUUUAAAUGAAGUCUAGGUACGUUAUGAAAAAGACUGCUUAGCAAUUUGAUUUUCAAACGACGAGUGUAAACUAUCUAAUCAGCUCACAAACAGUAUAUUAUCCGGUUCCAGAAUAAGGAGGUCUGCGAACGCCGAAGUCGAGCGGUCAAAUAUUAAUAUGCAACAACAACAACAGCAGCAGCAAGGGCUGCAGCAGGCGCAGGUCAUAAGGGUGGCACAGGUGCCGGAUCGACCCAAUCGGGGAAGCUUAGAACAUCGGGGAAGGUUACUAGCAAUACUUCAUCAGCAGCAGCAAGCGCGUCAGCAACAACUGCAAGCGUAUCAACAGCAGCAACCACCACAAACACACGACAACACGAGUAUGGAUACUAUUGUUCUCACUCAAAAUGAUUGUGGUAAAAGUUUUCAUUUGAAAAAGUUCAAUUUUUCGUGGGCUGUUGAUAAAUUCUGGUCUAGCCCUACCUCUAGCAGCGCAGCGCCAGCAAUAGCUGAAUCCCCAUCAUUUUCAUCGGUUGAUGAAGAUUUCAAGUGUCGUAUAGAAUGUUUGACCAUUCAGAGACUCGGUCUUCUACAAUACCUUUCAAUAAAUUUGCAUAUCACGUGCAAUGCUGGAAAAUACGAUGGUAUAUUGGGAGAUGUGGAAUUUUCUGUUGUGUCCCCCCAACACUCUACCACAACCACACCUACAGUACAGAAGAAAAAAUUUAACAUCGACAACGCCAACUUGAGUGAGGAAUCGGGACUGUGUACUGUAGAUUUUGAGGAUUUCAUAAAAACAGACUUACUUGACAAUUACGUUAUUGAAAAUAAAUUUACAAUUGAAUGUUGCGUCUUUUAUGCAACUUUCGCUAACAGAUCACGUUGCUCUUCCGAUAAUCGUCUCUUCGACGACUACGAACGUUUACUCACUGAGGAAUAUUUCAAUGACGCAACCAUCAAGAUUAAAGAUAAAGAUUAUCCGGUUUACAAAGGUAUUUUAGCUGCCCGAAGUCCUGUUUUUAAUGCUAUGUUCCGAAACGAUAUGCAAGAGAAUGCGACGAAUGUUGUAAAUAUAACAGACAUCAGCCAGGAAGUUUUUGAAGAUAUGCUACUCUAUAUUUACAGCGGAAAGAUAAAAAAUCCAAACUUAGCUUACGAAUUAAUACUCGUUGCGGAUAAGUACGAUUUAAAAGGACUAAAGGAUAUUUGUGGAGCGAUAUUGUGCGAGCAGUUAUCCAAAGAUACUGCCAUAAAGAUGUUAAUACUGGCUCAUACUCAUCACGUGGAUAUUUUAAAAAAGAAAGCUCUCGAAUUUAUAAAAGUAAAUGCCCGUUAUUCCGAAGUUAAAAAUUCAGAAAUUUGGAAUGUUUUAAUUACAUUUCAUGCUGAUCUGAUGGCGGAGAUGCUCGCUGUUUUUAUGGACAGAUAACUACUUUUAGUAGGUAUUGUGAUUUGUGAUAUUUAAAUAUUCACAGAGGUAUAACGUCAAUGAGAAUAUGCUAUUGUUAAAAAUGAACUUACAUUUUUAUAAUCAUUUUGUUUUCAAUCAAUUUUCAUAAUUAUUGACUUGGAUCAUCUUUAUUGCAUUAUUUUUUUCAUUAUUUUACCAAAAUUAAAUAAAUUUAAGAUUGUCUUGUAUCUUGAGAUUGGCUGCGAGUUUUUUUAAUUUUUACUCGUAUUAUUAUGUAUUAUAGUAUUGAUAUUUUUUUGAGAUGUAUCCGCAAGUGAGUACUUCUAUUCGUAGCAGUCGCGUUUUUUGUGCAGAUGCUGCGGAGAAAGUAAUCAUCAACUUUUUAAAAAAAUUGUAUUAUUAUUUAUUGUUUUCUUUUAUCCAAUAUUUGAAAUUAGUGUACGAUUGUGUUUAUUUUAUUAAUUUUUUUUUUUAAUGAAUCCAAUUUCUCGUGAUUCAGAUUUUUCCCUUACAAUUGUGUUCUGAACUUGUGAUGUGCAAAAAUAUAAAGAAAUUCAUUCAUA